AUGUCAACCGAACAAAGACAGCCAAAGCCGCUUCGUCGCAUCAUAACAGCCCAUGAUCCUAAAAGCGGCAAAGCUGUCUUCAGCAGCGCAAUUAGUGAACAGGUAUCAUUCACGGGGUUCCCUGUUCCCCCGGGCAAGCCACCAGUGACAGACUACGUUCUGGCCUACAAUACAAAUGUAUUCCCUGUGAAAGGACUCUCGCCUCCAAGUUCUACAAACCCGGACUCCAAAGCCGAUCUCGACAUUAAGCAAUAUCAGUCCCAGCUCUCGCACCCAUCGCCUUUGCCCCCGCCUAAUGGCACAUCCUGCACCAUCAUCGAGGUACCACCGGGCUCAGCGGUCCCGAUGCACCGAACAACAACACUCGACUAUACUGUUAUAAUAGACGGCACUACAGAACUAGUCCUUGAUUCCGGAGAGAAAAAAAUAUUGAAAAAGGGCGAUGUAAUUGUUCAGCGAGGUACCGCUCAUUCCUGGCGGAAUGUGACCGAAAAGAGUGACAAUUCUGGUGUUUUGCGUAUCUUCUUUGUGUUUCUGCCUAUUGAAAAGGUGCAAGUCGAAAGCGGACUCAUUGAUAUGGACUUGAAUCUGUCUCUGAAACAGACUUGA